AUGAAAAUAAGCAGAAAAAAAGGGGAAGUUAGCAGAGUCGAUUCCUCUCUGUGGCUGGGUUUAACCUCCUUGCAAAACAGACUAACACACAUUUAAUGGAAGGCGAGCAACUGAGGUAUGUCGCCGCUUUAAGCCUCAGCAUUUGUAGUUGUCUGUCUGAUGCUUGACUUUUUCGGGUGGCUGGAUUAAUGCUGACUAAAUCAUGUCAGAUAAUAUUCUGGAAGACAUCUUCAUUAAACGAUCUCAGCAGAAGAAGAAGACCUCUCCUUUGAACUACAAGGAGAGAUGGUUUGUUCUCACUCAGGAAAAAAUAGCCUACUAUGAUUUUGAUUCUGACAAAGGGAAGCGAAAAGGUUUAAAAGGAUCAGUUGACCUCGAGAAGAUCAGGUGUGUAGAGACGGUCCAGCCGGAGACCAACUCCCCGCAAGAGCGCAUGUAUGCUUUCCAGAUCGUUUAUGAUGAGGGGCCGCUGUACAUCUUUGCUAAGACUGAGGAUGUACGGACUCAGUGGAUAAAGAAGCUAAAAGAAAUGGUGCGCUUCAACAAGGAUCUCAUGCAAAAGUACCAUCCUUGUUUCUGGGUGGAUGGGGUUUGGCUGUGCUGCCAGCAGGAAGUUAAACAAGCAAUGGGUUGCAAGGUGCUGGAUAAUAAGAACGGCUUUACAUCUAAACCCUCACGGCGAAGGGGAUCCAGAAAACCUCUUCCUCCUACACCAACAGAGGAAAAGUCGGUUCGGCCUUUACCUCCACAGCCUCCUGAGGCACCUUCCCCCUCUGUAGGCAUGACUGUCAUAGCAGAGUAUAACUACACACCAAUGUCACCCCAAGACCUGGAGCUCAGGAAGGAUGAAGAGUACACCAUCCUUGAGAUGUCUGAUCAGAAUUGGUGGAAAGCCAGAGACAAAAAUGGAAAGGAAGGAUACAUACCUUGUAAUUUUGUUGUGGAAGCCGAACAUGGGCUAGACAAAUUUGACUGGUAUUCUAAGAAUAUGAACCGCAGCCAGGCAGAAAAGCUGUUAAAGACUGAGAACAAAGACGGGGGCUUCCUGGUACGGGACUCAAGCAAGGCCGGGAAAUAUACUGUGUCUUUGUUCAGUAAGGGUGGCGGGGAAACUGGUGGAAGCUGCAGACAUUAUAACAUCUGCACCACUGCACAGGGCCAGUUCUAUCUGGCAGAGAAGCAUCAUUUCAGCAGCAUCCCAGAGCUCAUCAAGUACCACCAGCACAAUGCAGCAGGUAUGGUUAGCAGGCUGAAAUACAUUGUUUCUAAUCGGGCACGCCCUCCAUCGACAGCAGGGCUUGGCUACGGUGUGUGGGAGAUUGACCCCCAUUGCCUCACCUUUAUCAAGGAGCUGGGCAAUGGUCAGUUUGGAGUGGUUAAAUAUGGAAAGUGGCAGGGCCAGCACGAUGUUGCCAUUAAGAUGAUUAAAGAGGGCUCCAUGUCUGAAGAUGAUUUCAUAGAAGAAGCCAAAAUCAUGAUGAAGCUUCACCAUGAAAACCUGGUCCAGCUCUAUGGCGUGUGCACCAAACAAAGACCCAUUUAUAUAGUGACUGAGUUCCUUUCCAAUGGCUGCCUGCUGACGUAUCUCAGGGAGGGCCUGAAGCAGCACCCAACAACAGUCCAGCUCCUAGAGAUGUGUAAAGACGUCUCAGAGGGCAUGGCCUAUCUUGAAUCACAGCAGUACAUCCACAGAGACCUGGCUGCCAGGAACUGUUUAGUUGAUGGGAAUGGCACCGUCAAAGUGACUGACUUUGGACUGUCAAGGUAUGUCUUAGAUGAUGAGUACACAAGCUCAGAAGGUUCUAAGUUCCCUGUUCGCUGGUCACCUCCGGAGGUCCUCCUCUACUGCAAAUUCAGCAGCAAGUCAGACAUAUGGUCAUAUGGGGUUCUUCUGUGGGAGGUGUACACUUUGGGACGGCUUCCGUAUGAGCGCCUUAACAACACGGAAAUAGUGAAUCAGGUGUCCCGGGGCCUGCGCCUCUACCGCCCCCAGCUGGCCAAUGAAAAGGUCUACAGCAUUAUGUCCAGCUGCUGGCUUGAGAAAGCAGAUGACAGACCCACCUUUCAGGAGUUGGCACUUACUGUUCAGGAUUUGCUGUAUGAGCUCCAGUAGACUGUAGAACAGUGUUGAUCCUACAGAUCAGCAUCGGCACCUGUCCCUGGAAAGUUAACACAAUCAAUUCAACAGCUUGAGAAGCAUGGGACUGUGCAGCCAUUCUAAGAUCCUCUGUAAUGUGAAUAUGUGUAUUGUGAAUGUCCCUGUAAUUCAUUGUAAGAAUAGUCUAUCUAUCACAUUAUUAGAAGUACAGUCCUACAGGUUCACAUUUAAUAUGUGUUGUGUUGUGUUGCUGAAAGUUAUCGGUCUUUAUUGAUCAUGUGUAUUGUAAUCUAUGGAAUCAUUGUAAAAUGAAGAGACCUUAACAUUUGGAAACAAGCUUUGUGAGAACAAUUUGCACAAAUAAAAGCCAAGUAGGCUACGCCAGGCUUUAAA